AGACCAUCCAACCAUCCAUCAUUCUGAUUAAAACAUACAUUUGACUUCAUUCUUUCGGCGACGGGAUGGUUUCCCAGUAUUUCUGAGUGAACACGACUAAGGUGCUCACGCGAUGGGGCGCCGAGCGUAUUUGAAUCGACUGGCUUUGGGGCGAUCACCUUAUGAGGCUCCUGAUCGUCCCUCAGGCUCUGCGGCAAAUCAUGAACCUGCUUCUCAGAGGCGGGUAUCGGCUCUGCAUGCGGAUGACUAUGUCCAGAAUUAUGAUGAGAGGGGCCAUCCCAUUAAUCUAGAGUCUAAGUCCUUUGGCAGAGAGCUCAGAAGAGCUAAAAAUGACAUCCUUUCCACAAUGGGAAUUGUCGUCAAUGAAGAGGGUAACAUAGGUGGCCCCACGGAACAACAAAAGAUGGACAUAAUCGCGGCCGAGAAUGACUAUGGCUUGGUCAUGGCUACUCUAGACCAGAUCUCAGUCUUUCUUGGUUCAUGGUGGACUUCAUCACUAAUGGGCCGGAUCCUGACUUUCAGAAGUUACACGCAUGUCCCGUUGCUCAGCAUAAUACAUCUAGAGCGCAAUAAUCAUGGGAUUAUGGGCUUCUACUUUGCCGGCAUCCCAGCUUGGGCAGUCUCAACAUGUUUAUCUUUUCUUCGACAUCAUCCCUUGGAUCGCUUAAUUGCAACCUGUCAGAAUCUGUUCCCGAAUGAUAAUGUGCUGUCGAGGCUCGUACGGGCUUCUCUGAACAUCUUACAAUCAGCAACCCGAGGAAGUCUACUUGUUCUAGCUAUACAGACUUACAUGUACUCCUUGUUGCAGUCGCUUCACCUCGUUCACCCUUACUCUUUACUAGGGCUAAAGCCUCUUCUACCUUUUGGGGAGCAUGCUUUGAUGCAGCUUCCUAUGCUACCGAGUGAUUACUCGUGUGGUUCUUUGGCUGGGUUUCUUGCAAAUGUCCUAAGAACACCCUCGCUUCUUGUUUAUGUCUACGUGUAUCUGCGCCCAGUCGUCGAGAUCAGACUCUAUCGCCUGAUUCGUCGAAGAUUACCGAAGCCCAUUUACGCAGACGAUCUCUCGGUUAAAGUGGCAUAUGAUAAUGAUCUUGUUGACUGGAUGAUGCCAGCUCUUGGUCGUCGAGCUGAUGAAGAAAACCGUCGCAGUAGCCUUUCCUUCAUGGAAGACUUGACCUACGAAGUCGACUUCUUUCGGUCGUGGAUCCUGUCCUGGUUUGGUUUUAAGACACAGCAGGCAGCACCAAGCUCAGAACAGACGCCAGAAGCCCACCGUGAGAUAGCACAAAUGGGGACAGGCGCACCAGGCAUUGAACAGUCACAGGAGGAGCGUCAAACGCUUGUCGGACCGCAGGGAGGACAUGAGCUGGGAAUUCAUCCUCCGUCAGAACAAUCGCAGCGGCUUAGCGCUCCUCAAUCUGAUGGUCGUUCAGGUACCGGCGGCACUCUAGGCACAGGUGUCAUCUUCAGCGAGAGUCAAGUACUUCCAAAUGAGGAGAAUAGAAUGUCUCAGUCUCCGACAGAAAUGAGCAGCGGUGAUUACGCGGACAUGGCGCCAUUGCGACGGGCGAUGGCCAUACCCACCGAAGAUGGACAGAACGGUCGGCUUGUGCAAGGAGGCGAUAAUGCUACUGAGACUCAAAGGAUCUCGCGGUCGAACACGCUUUUUUCCCGGCCUUCAUCACCCGCUACCUCUUCCCCGGCUUCGCCUCUCGUGCGUGCUUCACUAAUACAUCAAAACUCCGAUGUGAUCACGAUGCAGCUAGAGGUUCUAGGAAACCGACAUAGGCAAAACCCUGGCGCAGAGGAACCGCGAGUCAAUGGCGAACUUGGGCAGCCGCCCUCGAAUGGAGAGCUAGUUGAUGACCAGGCAAUCUCAAACAUGCUUGACGAUCUGCUGGCCAACCAAGGCUCGAAUUUAGCCACAAUUGUCAAUUCAGAAGCCGUAGACAGCGACGGACUUUCUAAUUUAACCCGAGGUAUAUCUCCAGGAUCUGCAGAAACUGGUGCGGUUUCUGCACUGCCGAAUUCUCAAACACAAGGUCCGGGAACAGAACCGCGCCCUGUUGGAAUUCCCACAUCGAAUCCUCGAAAUGCUUUACCGAAUAGCACGGGGUUGCCGAACCAGACGGCUACGCAUCAGCGAAUCUCGGAAGCAGCCCAAGCGUCUACCAACAACAACAGCUCUGGAACACCUCCGCACGCCUCUGAUGACAGAGCACCACAAACUUCAUCAGCCGACCCUCACCCUACGGCCCAUCGUGUCACCAUACUAUCGUCCCAUCCGAUCGAUUCCCUAGCCUCCCAUCUAGCUUCUAUAAUCACGACCGUGAUGUUCAUUCCCCUCGAGUCUCUCUAUCUUCGCUCACUUGCUUCUUCUUAUUUGUCAGCCACAGGCGCACCAGCUGCUCUCCGGUCAGAUGUUCACAGCAUGGGGCUCUGGGGAAAUGGCAGCUCACUUUCCAAUACCCUUGCGUAUUUUGGUAAAGUUGCGUUGAUGAUGGGAGUGCAAACAGCCGUAAAUGCCAGCGUAUGGGGUAUCAUCUCCGGUGCUGCAAUCAGAAUUGGAAGGAAGUUCUGUGGAUGGGGAUCAUUAUGAACACACCUACUACAGUCUGCAAAGCUUUCCCUGAAUACCAAGCAUUCUGGCUCUUAUGCUCGGAUACGGCUUUCUAUCUCCUGUACCUAGUAUAUAUGCAGUAUCUAUGCAUGAGCGAGCCCGCAUAUCACUCACCAAUUUGGUACAGUCUGUUUGGUAGCUUUUUCGGAC